GGUACUGAAGCUUGUUUUACUACGGACACCUUAGAUCAGCUGGGGGAAAAACAUGUAUCCUUUAUAGAACAUUUAUUAAGCAAAAUUAGCCUUGAUUUUCAUACUUGGGUUAGUUUUAUAUUCAGGGUGACUUGUAUACGUAACAGUCUGAAUCUUUCAUUAAUUAUUAGACUGAGCACUCACGUAGUCUUUUUAUUAAUGUAACUAUGAGCUCGGCGUCUACUGCAGUGCUGCUGGAAACGAUCAACUUUGCCGCAGAGAAACAUCGUAAUCAGCGCCGUAAAGACCCCGAUGCGACACCAUACAUUAAUCAUCCCAUAGGGGUGGCAAGGAUUUUAAGUCAUGAGGGUGGAAUCACAGAUAUCGAAGUUUUGCAAGCAGCAUUGCUUCAUGACACUGUAGAGGACACUGACACAACUGUUGAGGAGCUGGAGUCUGUGUUUGGACCAACAGUGGCGAGAAUUGUCCAGGAGGUGACCGAUGACAAAACACUCCCUAAAGAAGAGAGAAAACGCCUACAAGUGGAACAUGCACCACACCGCAGCCAACAGGCCAAGCUGGUUAAACUAGCUGAUAAGUUGUAUAAUUUACGGGACCUCAAUCGUUGCACCCCCACAGGUUGGACAACAGAAAGAGUUCACAAAUAUUUUGUAUGGGCAUCUCAAGUGGUAAAAGGGCUUUGUGGCACCAACGCAGCGCUUGAGGAGAAACUGCAGCAGCUCUUUUUAGAGAGAGGAGUGCAGUUGUAAUGGUGCUUUUAUAAUGCAUUUGAUCAUCAAGGAAUGCUCCUUGCCAUAAAAAAAAAAAAAAAAGAUUUAGAAAUGUUUUUUCUGAAAUUAGAAUAUUUUGUGUGUGUAUUUCACCCUUCUGUUAUAUAAUAAUAAAGGACAAAGCCAUGCACUGUUAUGAACUGCAAUUAAAGUUUUGGAAAAGGUUAACAAAAAAGUUAUGUAGUAUUAUUCCUAAACUGAGUAAUAUGAAUAAUAAUGAUCUAAAAAGUACUGCUGCUUCUCCCUUAUAAAGAUUUUUCAAUGGUGACCACAGAUAAAAUACCACAGGAAUUGUUUCUAAAUACACUGUGUAAGCUUGAUAUUAGCCACCAGUAUCGUGUGAUUCCAGAAAAUAAACAAAAUUAAAAAUA